CAGCGCCAGCUGUCAGGGGGAGCUAGCAAGACUGCUAUAUUUCGGAGCGCGUUAUUUUAAAAUUAGUAAUGAUUUAUUUUCUAUAUCUUCCAGUCUUUAUCGUAAUUAUCGCUAGCACUGGAUUUCAACUAAACUUGAAUGAAUUUAUGUCUAAAGAAAUCCGCCUUUUCGUUGAGUUGUGCACAGAAUUAAGGAUUGCUGUAGCUGGCUAGCUUGUUGUUAGCUGCGGACAAAUCUGGUGCAGGCAGGAUUUGCACUGCAGACACAGCUUCUCUUGUUUGGAAGUCAUUGUUCACGGGCGGAAAGUUGUAUUUGAUAUAAGGACUGUAAAGACCUUUAUUACGAAACUAAAGGAUACGGAUUUACUGCAAAUAUGCAAUGCUUUGAAUCAUGCGUUUGCAGCAUUAUGAAUUUAAAUCAGUAACGUUGGAUGGCAAGCAUGGUAUUUAGACUUUAAGUCAUCCGAAUGCAUUUUAUCUCAAAUCCUCUUAUCUGCUGCAUUGUAAAACGUGUGUUUACCAAUUGCGUGGUAUAAUAACUGUAUUUAUUGACCAAGAGGAGCACGUUUAUUUAAAUCAACAAACAUGGAUAAGAAAUCAUUUGAUAUAGUCUUGGAUGAGAUAAGAAAGUGUGUCCUGACAGAUCAGCGGGUCAAAGCCAUAGAGCAGGUGCACGGCUAUUUCUCCAGUGAGCAGGUGAUGGAGAUACUGAAAUAUUUCUCAUGGGCGGAGCCACAGAUCAAAGCAGUUAAAGCUCUGCAGCAUAAAAUGGUUGCAAUCCCCACAACCAAAGUUGCAAAUAUCCUGAAUUGCUUCACCUUCUCAAAGGACCGACUGAUUGUCCUGGAACUAAUAGCUUUGAACAUUUCAGAUGCUCAAAACUACCGUCCUGUGGAGGAUCUGUUUCGCAUACACUUGUCUGAGAAGAAGCGGGCUCGCAGGAUACUGGAGCAAGUAUGUAAGGUUGGCUGCAAGGCUCCUGUAGCCAUGAUCUCCUCGUGUGGUAUGAUUCCAGGAAACCCGUACCCUAAAGGUAGACCCAGCCUGGUCACUGGCACAUUCCCUGGAAUUCCUCCAGUAAAGAAAGAAGCAGAGAAGAAAGAGGACGCUUCUAACAAUCUUGAGGGGAAAGGAAUUUCUGCUCGUAUCAUUGGACCUUUCAAACCUUUUCCAUCAACCUACAACCCUCAUCGGCCCGUGCCCUACCCCAUACCACCGUGCCGACCCCACGCCACCAUCGCACCAAGUGCGUACAACAACGCAGGCUUUGUUUCUGUGGGAGGGGUUAUUACAACCAACGUGGCCCCUCCCCCCUACAACUCCACCCACAAAGUAGCAGGUUACGCCAAACCAGGCAAUCCCCACCACACUACACCUGGAGUCAACAGCGGGCCCCUUCUUAUCCCUCAUGGCUCCACACCUUCUACCCCUGUCCCCCCUCACGCAUCUCCUGCUCAGCCACCUCCCACAACCCCGAUCACACCGGUCUUCCCCGGCAUGGUUCCCUCUCACAAUCCUAAUUCUCCAUCCCCGUCCGUGAUCAAAGGAGGUCCACAGACCCCCGGCGGCCAUGUUACACCGACGCCUUCGUCUGUCAUUAAAGCCCACACGCCUUCCGGCACCCCUUGUGGGACUCCGGUCCCCGGCAGCGGGGGCUUCUCCCCUUCCCCAUUCCAUACCGUUUCCCGACCGGGCACCCCCGCCUCCUCCCGCAGUGGCCCAGACCCUUUAUCUCAGACAAACGCCAUGGGCUCAAACCAGCAGAGGGGUUUCUCUCAGUCCACGGAUCACCAGUCAGGACCCACCCACCACGGCAUACACCCGCAAGCAGGUAACCCCUCUGGGUCAGUGAUCCGAAGUUACACCCCCUCUGGACAAUCCGCUCCAGUUAAUCCGAGCUGUUCCACCUCAGGUCCCAGUCCCAAGCCCUCCCCGUCUCAUUCGGCACAGAUUCAGGCUGCCAUGGCCGCCGCCGGAGUGCUGAACAGACACACCGGGGGUAGUAACAGCGGCAGUAACAGCCCCGUGCCCUCUGCUUUCAAGGGCACCUCUCGCUCCGGCACACCCUCCGUUAGCUCGUACGUGGUACAAGGUUCCGCCCAGGCCGCCCUGGCUCGUUCCUUGGGUCUGUCGCACCCCUCGGGUUCCCCUCAAGUCUCCCUCUCUAGUCCGGUCGCUCUCACCGGCUUCCCAGCUCUGUCCUCCAGCACGGCACCCUCUCAUUACCCUGGCCUGUCCCCCUUUUCCUCCCUUUCAUCCUCUCUCCCGCCUUCGUCCAUGCCCUCCAUGUCUCCCAGUACCAACAUGUCUAACCAUCCACAAACCUCCAUCUACACCGCUGCCGGUGCGGCCUCUCCUUUCGGUCUGGGCCCCUCGUUGUUCUCAGGCCUUCCUCCUGGUGCUAACCCCGCUGCUUUCCAAGCGCUGGGGGUUUCAGGAGGGCAUGGUGCCGGGAGCCCUGUGUUGUCUUCAUUCAUGGGCCUGCCAGGGGCCUCUUCGGUAGCGUCGGUGUCGCCACUGCAGGCGGCAGCAGCGGCGGCAGCUGGAGUUCCAUCGUCAUCGCCAGUUUUACCGGGCUUUGCGUCGGCUUUCAGCUCCAACUUCCAGCCCGGGUUGAGCAGUGGACUCCAGCCUCCAGGAAGCAGCGGGUUCCCCGGCUUGCUGUCCUUCCCGGGGGUGCCGGGCUUCUCUUCCUCCGCCUCUCCUGCUGCACUCGGUGGCCUCCACAGCUCAGCCAUGCAGUCUGCCCUGCUGCAGGCUCAUCCCUCGUCUGCGUUGGAGAGCUUCCCUCCUCAGCCCAACAGUUUCACCAACUAUCCUCCCGGCCCAGGGAACCCCUUCCCCCUCCAACCGGGCCUGCACCCCCAGUUGGGUUGGCAGUGAAACCCACAAUACACUUUAAAACAUUGAGUACGCUUACACGUCGAUCCCUAAUGCCCGACCCCUCAGCAGUUGUUGCGUUUUUUUUAUUGUUUUGGUCUUGAACCCUGAAGAACACGGGACCGAUUGGAGAGGUUCAAUAAUGUGUAUGUUACAGCCAGAAUGACUUACUACUACUAGAAACACUAUUGUGAAAACAGUUGAAUUAGUAUGUGGGGGAGAUGGCAUAUUUCCUAUAUUAUUCAUAGUGAACAGUUGUAAAUAUCAGUUGUUAGGUUUUACAAGUAGACCAUGACUGGUUUAAAUGCUAGCUGGACUUGCCUGUUUUUAAUCGAGUUUAUCAACACUUAUUAGCGAAUAAUGAGUUAUAGAAAUUAAAUUGAAAAGUGUACAUGAUAUCAUGUAAUGAAUUGACAGUAUCCUCAUGUAGUGUUUCAUACAGUCACAGUGGAAAGGACGUAUGAUAAUGAUUGAUUAUUGUGUUAUGACAUGAAUUCUUUUGGUGGCUUAUGUUAUAUUGUGCUGUAUGGUGCAGUCACAUCUUGAGGUGGGAACCUCAUAUUUUUGCCGUGUCAGGGGUGGGAGUGUUGUACACAAAAACUUGCAUUUGGCAGUUCCACUCAUGUCUGUGUGAGAUUUCAGUGAACACACACUUGUCUGUCAGCUGUUUACCGUCAUUCACAUUGCGUAUGUUUACACAUUUCUUUUGACAGACGUCCCCUGCUAGUGCUAUUAUUACAGUAUUGACCAGAUGUACUGUAUGCAGAUGUUUCUGAGGACAAGCAUAUGUUGAUGGAUAUAUGGACUUGAGAUACAACAUGUCAUCAUAGUGAAAACUGUAAUUUUACCUCAUUCACUGUGAACCUCGGUACACUCAGAGACAGUUAAGAGUAAUAGAUGAGCUGUUUGAUUCCCUGUGUUGUUUUUUUGUCCUUUUUUUGUAUUUGCACCUGUUUUAUUAUUUUGUCAGUAAACUGCUGGUUGCUGUAGCUGUU